GGCCCCCGCAGCGCCCCCUUGUCCUCACCCGGGUCACGGGUCCCCGAGUGAGCGAGAGCCUACCCAGCCACCGCCCGGCAAUGGCCAACGGAGUGAUCCCGCCGCCCGGGGGCGCCUCCCCCCUGCCCCAGGUCCGGGUGCCCUUAGAGGAGCCCCCUCUGGGUCCAGACUCACAGGAGGAGGACGAUGACUUGGGCAAGACCUUGGCUGUGAGCAGGUUUGGGGACCUCAUCAGCAAGCCCCCGGCCUGGGACUCAGAGAAGCCCAGCCGCAGCUACAGCGAGCGGGACUUUGAGUUUCACCGGCAUACAUCCCACCACACCCACCAUCCGCUCUCAGCGCGCCUGCCUCCACCCCACAAGCUUUGGCGACCGCCCCCCACCUCUGCCCGGCACACCAGGAGGAAGAGGAAGAAGGAGAAAACCUCUGCCCCGCCCUCCGAGGGUACCCCUCCCAUCCAGGAGGAGCGGGGAGGUGGGGCAGAGGAGGAGGAGGAAGAGGAAGAGGAGGGGGAGGAGGAGGAGGAAGGAGAGUCUGAAGCGGAACCUUCAGAGCCCCCACCCUCGACGGCAUCCCCUCAGAAAGCCAAGUUCUCCAUCGGAAGCGACGAAGAUGACAGCCCUGGCUUCCUGGGGCGACCUGCCUCCUCCAGACCCCUGCCCUCAGUGGGCCCGUGUGCCAACAAGAGCCCCCAGCACUUGGUCAGCUCUCCCAGCCCCAGAGUCCGGGCCUCUCGAGUUGCUGCUGGGGAGAAGAGCCGACCCUGGAGCCCCUCGGCCAGCUAUGACCUGCGGGAGCGGCUGUGCCCAGGCAGUGCUCUGGGCAACCUGGGUGGCCCUGAGCAGCAGGUACCCACGGACGAGGCUGAGGCUCAGAUGCUUGGCUCUGCAGACCUGGAUGACAUGAAAAGUCACCGGCUGGAGGACAACCCUGGCGUGCGGCGACACCUGGUGAAGAAGCCAUCUCGGACCCAGAGUGGGAGGGGCAGUCCCGGUGGCCUGGCCCCCAUGCUGCGCAGGAAGAAGAAGAAGAAGAAGCUGGAUCGGAGGCCGCACGAGGUGUUUGUGGAGCUGAAUGAGCUGAUGAUAGACCGAGGCCAGGAGCCCCACUGGCGGGAGACUGCCCGCUGGAUCAAGUUCGAGGAAGAUGUGGAGGAGGAGACAGAGCGCUGGGGCAAGCCCCAUGUUGCCUCCCUCUCCUUCCGUAGCCUUCUGGAGCUCCGGAGGACCAUUGCCCAUGGCGCGGCCCUCCUGGACCUGGAGCAGACCACCCUGCCAGGCAUCGCGCACCUGGUGGUGGAGACCAUGAUCGUGUCCGACCAGAUCCGGCCAGAGGACAGGGCCAGCAUCCUCCGCACCUUGCUGCUGAAACACAGCCAUCCGAACGAUGACAAGGACAGUGGCUUCUUUCCCCGAAACCCGUCGAGUUCCAGCAUGAACUCUGUCCUGGGGAACCACCACCCGACCCCCAGCCAUGGCCCUGACAGUGCGGUGCCCACCAUGGCCGAUGACCUUGGGGAGCCUGCCCCACUCUGGCCUCAUGACCCCGAUGCCAAGGAGAAGCCCCUGCACAUGCCCGGCGGAGACAGUCACCGGGGGAAAAGCCUGAAGCUGCUGGAGAAGAUCCCGGAAGACGCUGAGGCCACCGUGGUGCUUGUGGGCAGCGUGCCCUUCUUGGAGCAGCCGGCGGCGGCCUUUGUGCGGCUGAGCGAAGCUGUGCUGUUGGAGUCCGUGCUGGAGGUUCCGGUGCCGGUCCGCUUCCUCUUCAUCCUGCUGGGGCCCCGCCACACCAGCACCGAUUACCACGAGCUGGGGCGUUCCAUUGCCACCCUCAUGUCCGAUAAGGUGUUCCAUGAAGCCGCUUACCAGGCGGACGACCGGCAGGACCUCCUGAGCGCCAUCAGCGAGUUCCUGGACGGGAGCAUCGUCAUCCCCCCGUCCGAGGUGGAGGGCCGGGACCUGCUGCGCUCGGUGGCCGCCUUCCAGCGGGAACUGCUGCGCAAGCGGCGGGAGCGGGAGCAGACCAAGGCCGAGCCGAGCAAGCCGGGCGGCGGGGCGGCGCCUGGGAAAGAGCUGUCUGUGGAGUUGGGGGGCCCCGAGGGGAUCCCUGAAGAUGACCCCCUGCUGCGCACCGGCUCGGUGUUUGGGGGACUGGUGCGGGAUGUGAAGCGCCGGUACCCCUACUACCCCAGCGACCUGCGGGACGCCCUGCACUCCCAGUGCGUGGCUGCCGUCCUCUUCAUCUACUUUGCUGCCCUCAGCCCCGCCAUCACCUUUGGGGGGCUGCUAGGGGAGAAGACGGAGGGGCUGAUGGGCGUAUCCGAGCUGAUUGUGUCCACGGCUGUGCUUGGCGUUAUCUUUUCGCUCCUGGGAGCCCAGCCGCUGCUUGUGGUGGGCUUCUCUGGGCCCCUGCUCGUCUUUGAAGAAGCUUUUUUUAAGUUCUGCCGAGCCCAGGACCUGGAGUACCUCACCAGCCGCGUGUGGGUUGGCCUCUGGCUGGUGGUCUUCGUUCUGGCCCUGGUGGCUGCUGAGGGCAGCUUCCUGGUGCGCUACAUCUCGCCCUUCACGCAGGAGAUUUUUGCCUUCCUCAUCUCCCUCAUCUUCAUCUACGAGACCUUUCACAAGCUCUACAAGGUGUUUACUGAGCAUCCACUGUUGCCCUUCUACCCCCUGGAGGGGGCCCUGGAAGGGGUGCUUGCGACCACCCUGGACCUGAACGGGAGUGCCUUGCCUCCCACCGAGGGGCCCCCGGGCCCUAGGAACCAGCCCAACACGGCCCUGCUGUCCCUCAUCCUCAUGCUGGGGACCUUCCUCAUCGCCUUCUUCCUGCGCAAGUUCAGGAACAGCCGCUUCCUGGGCGGGAAGGCCCGCCGCAUCAUUGGGGACUUCGGCAUCCCCAUCUCCAUCCUGGUGAUGGUCCUGGUCGACUACUCCAUCACAGACACCUACACACAGAAGCUGACAGUGCCCACUGGCCUCUCGGUGACCUCUCCCCACAAGCGCACGUGGUUCAUCCCACCCCUGGGCAGCGCUCGCCCUUUCCCGCCCUGGAUGAUGGUGGCAGCCGCUGUCCCAGCCCUCCUGGUCCUCAUCCUGAUCUUCAUGGAAACGCAGAUCACGGCGCUCAUUGUCAGCCAGAAGGCACGGAGGCUGCUCAAAGGCUCUGGCUUCCACCUGGACCUACUUCUCAUCGGCUCCCUGGGCGGGCUCUGUGGGCUCUUUGGGCUGCCCUGGCUCACGGCCGCCACUGUCCGCUCCGUCACCCAUGUCAACGCCCUGACGGUGAUGCGGACUGCCAUCGCUCCUGGCGACAAGCCCCAGAUCCAGGAGGUUCGGGAGCAGCGGGUCACUGGUGUGCUCAUUGCCUGCCUCGUGGGCCUGUCCAUUGUCAUGGGGGCUGUGUUGCGCCGGAUCCCCCUGGCUGUGCUCUUUGGGAUCUUUCUGUACAUGGGGGUGACGUCUCUGUCUGGGAUCCAGCUGUCUCAGCGCCUGCUGCUCAUCCUCAUGCCCGCGAAGCACCACCCCGAGCAGCCCUACGUGACCAAGGUGAAGACGUGGCGGAUGCACUUGUUCACCUGUAUCCAGCUGGGCUGCAUCGCGCUGCUCUGGGUGGUCAAGUCCACGGCAGCCUCCCUGGCCUUCCCCUUCCUGCUGCUGCUCACUGUGCCUCUGCGGCGCUGCCUCCUGCCCCGGCUCUUCCAGGACCGGGAACUGCAGGCGGUAAGGCCCAGAGGGCUGGGCGGGGAGUGCUGGGACCAGAGAGGCCCCGGUUCAGUCUCUACUGAGCUGUCUGUUAGGGGGGUGACCUUAGGCAAGGCACACUUCUGAAAUCUUAACUGCCCUAUCUGUAGACGGGGCUCAUCAUACGUUGCAUUGCACAGGACUAAACAGCCGGGCAAAGCUGUUAGCACAGUGCAUCAUGCAGAGUAGGCACAAGGCUGCCUUGGACAGCAGUACAGGUCAUGCUCUGAGCAAGAGCACCCAGCCAGGCACGAGCUGUUUUUGUCAGCUGGGACAUCUAUUUUCAACACAGCCACUUAGACGAGGAAAGCACUUAAUAGGUGCUAGCUGGUCUGGUCAGGAGUCCCUGGCUGGGGUAAAAGGUUAAGCACUUAGCGACUAACUAAAAGGUUGGCAGUUUGAAUCCACACUGUUGACAACCUAAUGGGGCUGAGGUUCUACUCUGAUCUGUAUGGCUCACCACGAGUCAACUGACUGACGGUCACUAUCCCUGGUGGAGUGGUGGUUAUGCAUUGGGCUGCUGACCAAUGCAAGGUCAGCAGUUCAAAACCAUCAGCUGC